UCUAGACAACAGCAAACCAAAAGCUGUGGGAGUUUCAUAGUGGCGUCCAUUUAGAUUCUGACUCCUUUAUACUCAAUAUUACAUGCCUGGAAUUAGGAAAGGGAAACUGCUCGAUUUGAUCUGGAAAAAUAGGAAAGGUUGACUCUCCUAGCUUUUUGGUGAUCAGAGGGAGACGCACCAUCAUGAUGAAAUCUAAAGGAUCCCUCCUCAUCCUCAUCGGCUGUCUGCCUUUAGCAGUGUUGUCCUUGAGAUGCUACACAUGCAUGUUUCCAGCCAUCUCUCCUCUGGACUGUCUGAAGUUCCCCCAGGAAUGUCCCGUGGGCCAGCGAUGUAUUGCCAGCACAGCUGUAGGAGUUAAAGGGUCAAUGUCCAUUGUCCUGUACGAGCGGAGCUGUGCCCUGCCAUUACAGUGUGACCUGAGCGGACAGAAACACGCGGCAGGAAUAAACUUCAACUACACCAAUGAGUGCUGUGACACGGAUCUCUGCAACACUGCUGCGCCCAUCAGCUCCCCCCGCUGGACCGGAGCAGUGCUGAGACUCUGCGGUCUGGCCCUCCUGCUCCAGCUGGGAUGAGCAGCUCUUACUCUCACAGGAGGUGCUACAACACCAUCAGCAAAGUCUGAGAUUCAGAAACACCACGACAUACCAACACCGUCUGUUUAAAAACCAAUGCAUCUGCUCAAAUUUGACAUGCACACAAGACUUAAACUGUAAGUCCAUCUACGCACUCUCUUGCAAACGCCAUGCUUGAAGGGAAGUGCCUGCAACCACGUAUACACACACACACACACUCACACACAGACAGUGAGUUAAGACUCAUGAGAAUGAGUCAUGUAUGCUCAAAAUACUGAAACUAUUCUUCUAAAUAUAAAUGGUUAAACCCACACAACUGCUAAAUCUAACAGCUAAUUUGCUUUAUUUUUUGCUGUAAAUACUAAUGACAGUAACUUUUUUGUCAUUUUUAUUAAUUCUAGAAACAUAAAUGCAUAUUGUUUCAUAUGAACAGGCUGUGUUCCAGAGGCUGUUCCAUUCCUGUAGAGCACAACACAAUAUUUUCUGCUCUUUUUUUUACUUAU